CUAGGCCGUUCGUGGACAGGGUCGUCAUUUGUUAUUUUAAUCCCCCUCUCUGCUCGGACUUUUCGUCUCUCUUCUCUAUUCUUUUCUUCUUUGCUACAUUCCCACACAAGAUCUCUUCUAUAACACUCUCACGGAUCUCCUCAUUUUUUUGCAAACACAAACCUCCCCUCUACUUUUCUUCACCCACUCACAUUAAACAUCAUGGAUCGCACUCCUCACGACGUAGGGAUCAAUGCUGCCUCGAAUUUGCACGGACAAGAAGCAACCAAGAGAUUGAACACUCAACGGGAGCCCUGGUUUCCUGGCGUCGCUUACGCUGGCGCUGCUGGUGUUGCGGGAUAUGCUCUCGUUCAUAACAGCCGCAGCAUGCCCGUCAAGAUCCUCACUCCCCUGACCAUGGCCGCCCUCGCCGGCGCAUACUUCCUCCCUGUUCACACCGCCGUCGUCAAGCCCAGCCAAUAUCCCGGCUCCGUCCGUACCGUCUCCACUCACUCCACGAGUCCAACCGCAGAACCCCUUCGUGAAGUCAAGGAACAAUUAUCCACUGGAAGUACUCUCGCCGAAAAGACCUCCGCCACCGCAGACGAUCUCUCGAGACAGACCAAGUCUUCCUGGAACGACAUCAAGCGCAAGGGCGAAAAUCUCGCAGAAGCUGGACAGGACCAGAUCCAUAAACUCGCUGAUGGGUCGGCCCAAGAGGCCAAGUCCUCCUGGGACAACAUCAAGCGCAAGGGUGAACAUCUCGCAGAAGCAGGUCAGGACCAGGCCCAUGAAGCCAAGUCCUCCUGGGACAACAUCAAGCGCAAGGGCGAAAAUCUAGCAGAAGCUGGACAGGACCAGAUCCAUAAACUCGUUGAUGGGUCGGCCCAAGAGGCCAAGUCCUCCUGGGACAACAUCAAGCGCAAGGGCGAACAUCUCGCAGAAGCAGGUCAGGGCCAGGCACGUGAAGCCAAAUCCUCCUGGGACAACAUCAAGCGCAAGGGCGAACAUCUCGCAGAAGAAGGUCAGGAACAGGCCCAUGAAGCCAAGUCCUGGAUGGAUGAGAAGACAGCGGACAUGAAGGCCAAGGCAUCGUCGGCCGCAACGGGAGCUGAGCAGCACACGAGUAACAAGUUCCAUCAGGACAUUCCCGAGAACCCAUCUUCAUCCCGUUGGUCAUGGUGGAAGGGCACUGAAAGCACUCCGCCCAAACCCGAGGUCGCUGACAAGAAUGUCAAUGAGGCCCUUAUUUCAAAUUCUACUACAGACAAUAUCAGUCCCGAGAAAAAACAUGUCGUCGAACGCCCCUUGACUGAAGCCACCGUCCCCGCGAGCAGUUCGUCCAGCUCUUCAAAACCCCGCAAGAUCCUCAUCGACAAGGCCGUCGCCUCCGCAGCCGUCAAGGGCCACGACGACAUCGUCAACCGUGCGGCCUUGGCCGGCAAGAACGCCGAACAAACCGCCCUCAAAGUCCACGAGAACGUCAUCGACGCCGCCCUGCCCAAGGAACGCCAAUCCCGCAAUGAAAAGCACCAGAUCGAGGUCUCGAGACUCGCGGCCGAAUCUGAUAUGCGUGACGGCAAGUUCAUCGUUCGUGAACCCGAAGAUGCGACCGGGAUCCCUCAACGUGUGCAGAGACGUGGCAGUCAGUCCAAGAAGGCUACUAGUCACGGAUUGGAGAACCUGGAGAAGCGCGCCCAUAUGCUCUAUGAUGGUGUUGAACAUAUCGAACAUAGCUUGAACAAGAAGAUGCAGAAGGCCCUAAAUGAGGAGGCAGAGUUCUGGCACCAACAGUCCUUGAAGGAGCAGGCUAGCGGACGUGGAGGCGAGCGAGCCAUGUAAAUACGUAUAUUUCAAGAACAAGCAGCAAGACGCGAGAGCAAGACCAAGAAGCAACGCAGUUAUUCCAAAUGCUGAGCAAUCGUCAACGCCAUCGCAUGUAUAGUCCAACGAACCAUUUACCUCUCCAAUCUACAAUCUCCAAGUGUAAAUAAAUAAAUAAAACUCACUUUGACUAAAUU